AUGGUUCGCGAACUCCCCAGGGAGAUAGAUUCCUGCAUCGGCUCUUAUACCCAUCUUCGUGACUUUCCCCGCCAAGAUGAAGCCCUUCACAUGCUCAAGCGGAUCGCCUCCGUUGUCAAGCCCAUAAUGAGAGCUCGACACUGGAAAGUAGGGCAACUAUGCGAGUUUUACCCAGAUCAGUACAACCUCCUCGGCCUAAACUACAACAGGGGGCAGCGAAUCCUCCUCCGACUUCGAUAUGCCGGAGACAGGAAUCAAUUCUUGCCUUUUGAGCAAGUCAUGGACACCAUGCUCCACGAACUCUCUCACAUCGUCCACGGUCCCCACGACCAGGUCUUUCAUGCACUAUGGAACCAGCUCAGAGAAGAACUGGAGGGUCUGUUUAUGAAGGGUUACACAGGCGAGGGUUUCCUAUCCAAGGGCCACAAGCUGGGCGGCCAAGUGCCAUAUUCCGAAAUCCAACGCAUAACUCGCAUUGAAGCCGAAAGACGCAAGGCAGAAAAGGAAGCAAGCAAAAAGGAGGCCGGUCACAAACUAGGCGGCUCAAAGCCAGCCCCAGGUCGGAACAUCAGGAACAUCAUCGCCGAUACUGUCGAGCGACGAAACCGCACCGACAAGGGUUGUGGAAACGAGAACCGCAACGAGGAGGAAAUCCGCCAAAUAUCCGAGACCUGGAGGCGAAACGGCUUCAAGACCCAAGCCGAGGAAGACGCAGCCAACGAAGCAGCCAUUGCCCAAGCCCUCUGGGAACUCGUCCAAGAAGACGAAAAGCGGAAAUACGGCAGCUCUUACGUUCCACCGACAGCUGAAAAUCCAUACGGCAACGGCGGAGGAACUCUCAUCAACGGCGAAGGCUCAAGCAGCAACACUUACCGCCCGCCACAACGACCAAACAGCUACUAUCCACCACAACAACAACCAAACACCACCACCACCACCUACCCCCCACCCUCUUCCCGCUCCCGUCCAACCUCAACCCCAGUAUCCAAAGGCACAAUAACAGAGUACUACUCCCCCCAACCAGCCCCCCGUCCCCCACUAAUCGGCGACGGCUUCGCCGGUGGCCCGACAUACUACCCACCCCCCCACCAACCCGCCAGACCACCACCGCCAGUUCCCUUCACAACCCGGCCACCACCACCACCACCAGCUACCCCAAUCAUCCGAACCGUCUCCCCCCCUCCUCUCUCCGACAAAGAUGCCUACUGGGAGUGUCCAAGAUGUACCUACCACAACUCCCUCCAACGCCCCCAAAACUGCGAGAUGUGCGCUGCUCCCGGCCCGGCUCUUGAUCCUUCCUCUUCCAGACCACCCCGACCACAACAGCAACAAGAAGUAGUAGACCUCACCUCCUCCUCCAGCCCGCCCCUCCCACCCCGCAAGAGACACACGUCGCGCAGCAACCCCCCCGAGCAGCCAAACCCGCGAAGGAGCAGCAGGAACCCGUUUAGGAAUAGCACAUCCGCUUCGAGCAGUACGACCACCACCACCAAAAGGAACUCGAGUUCGGUGCCGUCAAAACUUCAACCGUCAUAUUGGGGGUGUUCGUACUGCGGGAACAGGAUGGAAAGCCAGUGGUGGACUUGCAAUGUCUGCGGGAAGAUGAAGGAUAAAUCCUAA